AUGUCUUUGUCUUCAAGAACAGUUAUUGUGGUUUUGUGUUUUCUGCUGGUGCUGGCUCCAUGCUUUAAUAGCGCAACAAGCGAUGAAGUUCGUUCUAGAUGUGACUCUCACAGCUUUAACAACGGGAAACACUUUCGUUCUUGCAUCGACCUUCCGGUGUUAGACUCGUUUCUACACUUCAGCUACGUCCGUGAAACCGGAGUGCUUGAGGUUGCGUACCGUCACGCCAACAUCGAGUCUUCUAGUUGGAUCGCUUGGGGCAUAAACCCGACGGGCAAAGGCAUGUUAGGAGCUCAAACCCUCUUGGCUUACCGUAACUCCACUUCCGGUGCUAUGCGAGCAUAUACUUCCUCAAUCAAGGGCUACUCAACUAAGCUUCAAGAAGGUCCUCUCAGCUUCCGUGUAACGCAGCUAUCCGCUGAAUAUCUCAAUAAGGAGAUGACUAUAUUCGCCACUAUAGUGUUGCCUUCUAACACAACCGUCGUGAAUCAUCUGUGGCAAGACGGUCCGCUGAAGGAAGGAGAUAGACUUGGGAUGCACGCCAUGGGUGGAGACCAUCUCAAGUCCAUGGCUACUUUGGAUUUGCUCUCCGGACAAGUCACGGCAACGAAACCAGCGAACGGCAACAUGUUACUAGUCAAGCGGAUCCACGGAGUAGUGAACGCGGUGAGCUGGGGGAUAUUCAUGCCCAUAGGAGCCUUGGCUGCAAGGUACAUAAGGACCUACCAAGGAUUGGAUCCCAUGUGGUUCUACGUCCACGUCUUUUUUCAAACCACCGGUUAUGCCGCCGGUUUAAUCGGAGGACUAGCAACCGCAGUCUAUAUGGCGGUACAGACGGGGAUGAGAGCAACGCCGCAUACGGUGAUAGGGAUGUUACUGUUCUGUCUAGGGUCACUGCAGAUAGUUGGGGUCUUUGUAAGACCGGGCAAGGAGCAUAAGUAUAGAAAAUAUUGGAACUGGUACCAUCACACUAUGGGAUACGUUGUGAUUGUACUGAGCAUCUACAACAUCUACAAAGGGUUAGCCAUCUUGAAACCCGGAAGCUCGUGGAAGAUUGCUUACACUAGCAUCAUCGGUUUCAUUGGAUUGUUCGCGGUGGUGAUGGAGAUUGUGCAAUUUGACAAGAGAUGGGAUGCCUUGUGCUUCAAGAGAUCUAAUAAAGACCUAGAAGCUGAUCAAACUGCUUCCAUUGAUGUCUAA